GCUGAUGCAGGGACGGAUUAUAUGUACGUUUAUACCGACAUCAUUUCUCCCUCGCGAUUUGGUAACCAACUAGUUAAUAUAUUAGACGUCAUACCACUCCCCGGCGACAGCACCAGUAAAGGUGCGAAUUCAGUUACGUAUAAACCACUUUCUGUAUCAACUAUAGAGAGUGUGGCUAUCAAAAUUGCUAAUCAAAGAGGCAAACCUAUUCAGUUUGAAGAUGGGGAAAACAGUGUUACUUGCGUGUUACAUAUAAGACCACGUUAACUUUGCGUCUCGGACGUAAAGUUUUGAAGAGAAUCGAUCAAGGUGGGAUAAUGGGUGGAGUGGAGGAUAAUGAAACAGGCAGGUGUUGCCUACUUCCGAGGCAAGUCACGCACCUCGCGACCAUCUGCGCGGGAAGCUUCAGUGUUUCCCCGCGCGGCAUGGCGGCCGGGACAAAGUGUUGACAAUGUUAUAGAAAAAAAAGAAAAGAAAAAUGGGUGUUCAUUGUGGAACAGCAGAGGCGCGGCUUUUAUGUGAAGUGUGUGGGAGAUGGCACACUAAUCCAUCCUGCCCCUCAUGUGUGGAAGACCAGUGUGAUUUAUGCGAGCGGUGUGGACUUCUGUUUCCACAUCCACCGCCAGAACACACCUGCGAAGUUGGCAAUCCUGCUUCUUCUGGCUCACACUCGAUUGAGGUUGAGCAGAACGGCGGCGUAGAAGGCCCACGUCGGCGGACGUCACAAGGCGACAUCCCACGCGGAGGCGGGGGAAGAGACUCGCCACGGCCGGGACCGAGUGGAUUAUCGGGGAACGUAUUCAAUUCUUCCGAGACUUCAAGUCCUUCACUACCUACACAAGACACGCCACAAGCGGAGGCGGACCACGAUGAGCGCAGCAUGGCAGGAGAGUCGGCGGAUGCAGACCUUGACGAGCGCGGGAUGCCGGAAGAGCCGCGGUUAAUUGACUCGAGGGAAAAUUUUAUGAGGAGCUUCACCAGACAUCAAUAUGACAUACCUGAUCAUAACGCAUCUCUUUCCGCUUUGAUAUCUAUCUGGGCGAUGCUGGGGGUAAGCGAAGCCGUGCUGACCAUGAGGAUGUCAAUGUGGAGAAAAUGUCAGAACCUGCAAAGAAGAAAUUGAUCUUUAGUGAUGACGACAUGUCGCCACUGCCGGCCAGCCCACCUCCUGACGCUCCAUCAGGACAGGAGUCGCAACAGCAGCAGCCGACAUCGCAGUCGAUUCCGCCACCUCAGGAGUCGCUGAUGCCACCUCCGACCGAAGCACAGCCGCAACGGUCAGAUGAGUCGACAGUAGGCGGCAAAGAGGGUCAGGAGGUGAAGAAGUCGCAGGAAAACAGAAAAAAAAAAAAUAUUCCCCCUAACACGCCAGAGGACGACAGCACACCAAAACUCCCCGUUGCUCCAGCCGCCCCUCGUAAGAAGCUGGUUCCUAGAGUUAUUAAAACUACGCCCGUCAUUGACAGCGAUGACGAUGAUCUCUUCGCCUUCAAUUCGCAAAUGUUUUGAAUGAAAGAGAUGUAUUUGCCCUAAUAAGCAAUGAGCUGUAUUUGUCCUAAUAAAAAUAAAAUGUUCCAUCGACUCUGCAUAACCUUUCUAAUAAUAAUAAUAAUAAUAAUAAUAAUAUUAAUAAUAAUAAU